AUGGCUCGUAAUGCGGAAAAAGCAAUGACAGCUUUGGCCAGAUGGCGGCGUAUGAAAGAACAAGAAGAAAAGGGACCUGUCGCUAAAAGACCAAAUGAUGUGCGUGAAUGUAAGAAAUUGCCCGAUGCAGAACGUUUUAGACGAGAGAUUAUUAAUGAUAUUUCAAAGAAAAUCACUCAAAUACAGAAUCCUGGUCUCGGUGAAUUUAAGAUACGUGAUCUAAACGAUGAGAUUAAUAAAUUGCUCAGGCUAAAAGGUCUUUGGGAGGCUCGAAUAAAAGAAUUGGGUGGCGUUGAUCACAGGAGAAUAGCACCAAGAGAGGUUGAUCGUGAUGGAAGGGAAGUCGCCAGCAACAAGGGAUAUAAAUAUUUUGGAGCUGCAAAGGAUCUCCCCGGCGUCCGUGAACUUUUUCAGAAAGCUACAGAAACUACUUCGAAGAAAACUAGAACAGAACUUAUGCGAAAUGUUGAUGCAGAUUAUUAUGGAUAUAUGGAUGACGAUGAUGGAUUGUUAAUUCCAUUGGAAAAAGCCGAAGAAAAAUUGUCGAUUGCGAGGAUAAAUGCGGUAAUUUUAUUUAAAUUUUUUAAUUUAAAAAAAAAUAAAAAGAAUUUAACAAAAAAAUCCAUAAAUGUCAGUAUUUUCGCUUGA